CAGACGGCACGGCCUUGGAGACCCAUCAUCUCGAUCUCGCACAGACCAUGUAGCGUCCUCAUCUCCUUGUCGUCCUCCUCGUCAUCUCCGUCGCCAUCGCCGCCGCCGGACUCUGGUGCUCCGGAUCCGGAUCUAGCAUGUAGAAGGGAUCCGUUGAGGAACCAGGGCCGGAAGCGGAGGGCUGGAUCCGUGCUUCAUCCACGCCGCCGGUGCACCUGGUGCUCCAGCUACAAAGCUGUUGAGGAACCAAGUCACUGGCGCUUGAGCAUGGCCGGAUCUGACGAAGAGACGGUGGAGGUGGGCAUGAACGAGGAGCGGCGGUUGUGCGGCUUGGCCGGAGAUGAUGACGAGGACAACAUGGACGAGGACCACGCGGCCCUAUUCGGCGCAACCGCUGAUGAUGCUAUUCCCGUCGACGGCGACGGCGAACAUGUUGAGGAACCACCUGCACCUGACGGUAACACCGCCAAGCGCCCACGCCCCUCUACCUCUCCUGUCUGGGCUGACUAUGAGAAACUAUUCAAGGAAAUCAAUGGUAAGACGGUCAGGUAUGGAGUUCGAUGCCUUCACUGCUCUAAGGUCUACUCUGCUUUCUCUAGUGGUGGCACUGGUCACUUAUCCCGGCACAUUUUAGUUUGCGUUAAGAAGCGUGAAAAGGAUCGCAUGUCUCAGUCUCAAAUCUCUUUUACUUCUGAUGGUAGUAUGCGUACUUGGGACUACUGUCCUAUGCGCGCUCGUACUGAACUUGUUCGAUUGAUUGCUAGACUAGAUGUUCCUAUCUCUCUUGGUGAAUCUGAGGCUUUUGUAAUCCUAAAUAUACUAAAGUGUCUAGUAAGGUCAUCAGCUUCUAAUGCUUCUGAACUUGUGUCCUACUUGGACUGUGACACUGUAAACCACCUAACUGAUGACUUUAACAUCUUGGACUGGUGGCAUCAACACAAACUUACAUAUCCAGUAUUGUCAAUCAUGGCUAAAGAUAUCUUAACUAUUCCUGUGUCUACCAUAUCUUCAGAAUCCACUUUUAGUAUGACAGGCAGGAUUAUCGAGGAGCGGCGAAGGAGUUUGAAGCCUGAAAUGGUGGAGAUGCUGACCUGCAUCAAAGACUGGGAGGCUGCAGAAGCAAGACUGCAACAGAAUGUGGAGGACAAGGAGCUUGAGGAAGCUUUUGAAGAACUUUAUCUUGAUUCAUGA